UUGUGUGAAUGUUAAUUUAUAAAUACUGUACUUCAUUCAACACAAACAAAACACACAAAAGUGUAGUGGUUUUCGUUGCACUUGGAACUUGUGCUCUGACUGAUGAACUGUAUUGUUUGACUUCUUGUUGAAAGGAAUUAAUUUGUUUAUUUAUUUGACGGCAGUAGUACAAAAAAAAACGAAAAUGUUGAAGCAACAUCUCGAUAUGAUUGGCAGGAACGAGCCCAUCCAGAGGAAAGCUAAAUUCUGGCAAUCCUAUGUCAGAGCACUGAAAGGAUCUGACGACAUGAGGGCUCCGGAACUGACACACUACCACACACCGGGCAGGGGCAUCUUUCGACCGAUCCUGAGCGCCGACUACCCGACAUGGCCGAGCUACAAGUCCAUCUACGACGACCCAGUGAACCCCGGCGAAAGAAUCAACACUCCCGGAUACCGUUAUCUGCCAAUCUCCCGGGACACUUACGGAAUCUCCCCCAGGAACAUUUACCCUCACAACUACCAUUCGGACCGCUACGUCCCGAGAUACGAUCCCAACCACAACGAACCGUUCAAAGCACUGAAAGACUGGACGGAUCAUUUAGACCGGAUGAGAGAAUUGAACAAUAUAUUCCCCGGAGAACACCCGGCGUACUACGAACCCAAGAAACCACUUUCUCUCCCAGAAAGACGUGCCAAGUCUCUGCCGCCACAUCCUAUCCAAGGGUAUAGUUACUCAGGAUUACCUAUAUUUUCCACCGGCGGUAUCAAGAGACGACCUCUGUCUGAAAUGUUUGAACCCAGUGUAUACACACCUAGGUCCAGGUACGUCAGGGAUCCGUGGUGGUGGGAAUAUCCAAGUCUGAGACCAUUCGUGCCACGCGUUACGACUCACGCUUCACGACCAAAAUCGUACUUGAGAGAUAGUUAUCUGUCUCCGAUCAAGAGGACCUACUUGUGGGGUCAUCAUCCCAUUAGGCCAUUCACUCAAAGCCACUAUUAUUAAAAACAAAGUUCAAAAGACGACAAAUCGAUGCAUACCUACGUACAACAUCUGUUCCGAAAAUCAGACCAGCAAUAAAUAUGAUUACAAAGAUGAACAUCAUACAUCGAUUCUUUACUAAUUUAUUUAUUUAUUUAUUUAUUUAUUGUAUCGAACAAUAUAUUUAUAGCUUCCAAGCCAAACAAUUUGUAAAACUCUUUCUACAUAGUACAUCCUACUACACCAUGUUUCAAUUGUCACAAAAACACAUAUUUAUUUAAUUUUUGUAAAAUUUGGACAGUUAUGGAGAUAUACAUUGUACCAAUCAUCCAACAAUUAGAAAUAAAUGUUACAAUAGUAGUCUCAAAA